AAACUUUUGUGAAUUUAGGAGCAAUUAUUUAAGAAUUGAGAAGACUCGCCUGCAUCUACUCCGAGUUGAUCCUCUGGAAUCUAUGCAGGGAGACGAAACCUACUUUUCUGAACUGAUGUUGAAGUCGCAUACAUCAUUUUCUUCUUAAGUUGAAAAAGAAAACUUGCAAAAUUUACAAUUGAAAAAAUCGCUGUGUUUUUCCUUUCAGUAAGAGAGAAAAUACAUUUACCUCAAGAGAGAGAGAGAGAGAGAGAGAGGAAAAGAGAGAUCUCUCAGUUUAGUUUAUUUUUUUUUUAAUGUGGACUGUUUUGGGAAUAAAUGUUUACCAUUUUCAAAUGAGGGUUUUAUAACGGCUACUUGGAGUGUAUUUAGUUAGAAGAUAGCCGUUGGCUGCUUUCCAUUUUCAAGAAACGUAACGCCACCAAAGACGAUCUUUCAAACCCACAUUUAUUUUAUUCAUACAUCUCCUUCUCUCUAUCUCUUCAAUCAUUUUAAAUUUUUUUGGCUUUAAUUCCCGAGAGCUAUCUAUCUGAAAAGGUUAAUCUGGCAAUGGAUCUCGGGUGCCUCGACUUGGGUUGCAUCUCUGUGUUAAAGCACAGCACUGAAACCGCUGUUGAUUCUCAUACGGAAGAAUGCGAUACCCGUGAAAAUGUGACUUCAGCUUCUAAGGCUGGAAAGAAUAAAUCACCAAAAGGGGUUGGCCAAUCAACUUUGAAUGCUCUAACCAAAUUUACAUCACAAAUUAAGAAGCCUCCUCAUCGUAAGAGUUCUCCUAUCAACUGGUUCCCACGCAAAAAGGUGGACUCCUACUUGAAGAGGAAAAUCAAAAUGCUGCAGGAAAUAGAUGGCAUGAAUUUAACUCUUGAUGAGACACUAGGAGAUUCUAAUCCACAUUAUUCAAGAGUCUUGAGAGAAAAAAUUGCAGCAAGGGAGGCAGCACAUACAGCAAUGGAGGCUCGAAAAGGUGCAUUGGUUGAAGCAUCUUGGUGUAGAAUACUUCGAGCAGCCAGGAUCCAGAGCAAAGAAGCAGAAGCCCUUCUGCUAAAGGCAGAGAAAAUUGCAGCUGAAGCUUUUGAAGUAGCUGCAGCUAUGGGGGUGAUCAUGUAUGAUAUGCCAAAUUGCCCUCGGAAGCCUAGUCAAAUUGAAACAUCUACAGCUAAUGGAGGGAGAUCUACCACUCAUACUGUCACGGCAUCAUUUGAAACACCAUUUGAGGUGGAUAAAGAAGUAGCUGCAGCAGUAAAAAUUGCAUUUAAAAGGCUUGCAACCUGUCCUUCUUUUAACGAAGAUGAAGUCAAAGAGUUGCUGUGCAAAAUAAGUCAGAAUCCAGAUAUCGAUGAUAAUAAUCAAGAAUUAUUACAGCUUUCUUCAGAGCAUGAAUCAGAGUCAGGGUCAGAACUUGAAACGGUAUCACAAAAUGAUGGCUUUAGCGCUUCAGACGCUGACUGUAAGUUGCCAGCAAUUGAGACAAGACAGAGGAAAUACCAGAAAAGGAGGCAGUCAUUGGAUCAGCUUAAUAUGACAAAACUUGUGGAUAUUAUGCUUGAGAGACUCAGAUGUUUGAAAGAAGAUGAACUUUCUUCUUUGGCCACUAUAGUGGCAACUUGUGGUUUAAAUGCUGCCUUAGCAGAAGUGGAAAGCAGUAAGCUGCAUGAUGACUCUGCAGCUGAUUAUACCUCAAAUUUUAACAUUCCUCGAAGAAUGUCUUCUGUGGGUCCAGGAACAAUGAGAUACUCAAAUCUGGAGCAGAUGAAAAGGAAGCAAGCUGCUGAGUCAGAACUCCCAAGUCUAGACAAGUUUUUGGUUAAGCACAUGUCAAAACUAGAAAGGGAGGUGCAAGAAGCUAAGAACAGCAAGAGGAAUGGAUCUGUAGAAGGAGAUUUAAAGAAAACAGAUAAAGAUGACAAUGGAAGGGUAAAUUCAGAAAAUAAACAUGAUCCUUUUCCUGAUUUGGGGAGUAUUCUUGUGAAGCAUUCCUCUAAGCUUGAGAAAGAGAUUGAAGAGGCAAAGAAGAAUUCGGGGCAAACUUUUGAAAUUGCUCAUAAGAAACCAGUAAAUGACUCAAUGGAGGUCAUUCCUGACCUGGGAAGUAUACUGAUAAAGCAUACAGCAAAGCUUGAAAAGGAAGUUCAACAGAUAAGAAAGAAUUCUGAAAUUGUAGAUGGCAAGGAACUUGAACGAGCACCAGGUAAGGUGGUUGGUCGAGGAAAAGAAGAAAUUCCUGAAGUCCCCAGCCUGGAUAAGUUUCUGAUAAAACAUGUGUCAAGACUCGAAAAAGAGGUCCAGGAAGCAAAGAACAAAAGGAAAAAUGACCUAGUUGAAGAGGAUAAGCUGAUGAACUUGAACAAGAAAGCGAAUUCGUCUACUUCAAUCUCAGUAUCUGAUAAAGACACCUGUUCUUCCGAUGGAGAAGCAGCAGAUAAGGAAAAUGUUGACUUGAACAAGGGAAAGGAUAGAAAAUCUAAAAUGGAUAAAAAGCAAAUGACCUUGCCACUGCCAAAUACUGCCAAGGGUCCUGAUGAGUCUAUAAUAACACUCUCAGAGACAGAAGACAGCUUGGACAAGAUCUUGGUGAAGCCGGUGCAUAGACUGGAAAGGGAGAAAAUGCAAGCCUUGUCAUUGAGAAACAACCAUGGAAAUAUUAGGCACCAAAAUAAACAAGGAGGAAAUUCUGUUACAGACUAUGAAGGCUUAGACAAAGUUUUAGUGAAGCAUGUAUCUAGACUAGAGAAAGAGAAAAUUGAGUUCAGUUUGAACAGAGAAGACCAAAAGAUGAAGACAAAAGGCAGAAAUGUGCACAUGCAGAUGAAUGAAGAAGGUGGGCUGGACCAAAUAUUAGUUAAACAUAAAUCAAAACUAGAGAGGGAGAAAGAGAAAAUGGAGCUCAGUUUGAAGAGAGAAGACGAAAAGAUGAAAACAAAAGGCAGAAAUGCGCACAUGCAGAUGAAUGAAGAAGGUGGGCUUGACCAAAUAUUGGUUAAACAUAAAUCAAGACUUGAGAGAGAGAAGAUGGCUUUCUCUCAGCAACCUGAAGACCAAAUUAGAUUCUCUGUAUCUCGUAGAGAAGCAAGGGAGAGGGAGUUGCAAGAAGUAUGGGAAGGCUUGAGUUUAGGGAACUCCAUCAGGCCGCAUCUCUCCAAACUUGAAAGAGACAAGGCCGCCUGGAUUAAAGCUGAAGAAGAAGAAAGAAGGCAGGCAAUAGAGAAAGUGUAAUUUUCUCUGUCAUGUCUCUCUUUUGAAUCUUAAGUGUACAAUUUGUAUAUUUUUGGAAUGUUUUUGCUACUGGUAUGCCGAAACUUAACAUACCUUUCAUUUAUAUGAGGGAGAAUCAUUUGAAAA